UUUCCAUCUCCUCCAGCCCACCUCACACCACCACACCCCUCUGCUGGCAAGAGGGGACCUGAUUCACCUUCACACCAGAAACUCAUUCCACUCAACUGAUUAAGGCAGAGCAGAAGAGAAACUGAAACACCUUUGCCUCAGAGCAUCAAAGUGAAUGAGCAAACUCUCUCAACUGACUCAAAAUGUUUGUCUCACCCAGAAGAUGGAACUCCCGAAGGGCUUCUAUGGCCAACGAACAUUCUUAUCUGCCAUCCUCAACAUGCUAUCACUCAGCCUCUCCACAACAUCCCUGCUCAGCAACUACUGGUUUGUGGGCACACAGAAGGUGCCCAAGCCCGUGUGCGGAAAAGGUCUGGCAACCAAAUGCUUUGGCAUGCCGGUGCCCUUGGAUGGGAGCAGCACCAACACAUCAUCCCAGGAGGUGGUGCAGUACAGCUGGGAGGCUGGGGAUGACCGCUUCUCCUUCCUUACCUUCUGGAGUGGCAUGUGGCUAUCCUGUGAGGAAAGCAUGGACGAACCAGGGGAGAGGUGCCGAAGUUUCAUUGAACUCACACCACCAACCGAGAGAGGUGAGAAAGGACUACUGGAGUUUGCCACGUUGCAAGGCCCACGUCACCCCACUCUCCGAUUUGGAGGGAAGCGGUUGAUGGAGAAGGCUUUCUUCCCCCACCCUUCCCUGGGGCAUGUGGCAAAGAUCCUAUGGUUAUCAAUGGGAGCCCAGUUCUCUUCCAUCGGACUUGAAUUCAUCAGCUUCCUCCUGCUACUAAUGGACCUGCUGUUCACUGGGAACCCGGGCUUCGGGCUCAAGCUGAGCGCCUUCGCCGCAAUUUCCUCCGUCCUGUCAGGCCUUCUGGGGAUGGUGGCCCAUAUGAUGUAUUCACAAGUCUUCCAGGCAACUGCCAACGUGGGUCCAGAAGACUGGAGGCCACACUCUUGGAAUUAUGGCUGGGCCUUCUACACAGCCUGGGUUUCCUUCACCUGCUGCAUGGCAUCGGCGGUCACCACCUUCAACACAUAUACCAAGCUGGUGCUGGAGUUCAAGUGUAAGCACAGUAAGAGCUUCAAAGGAAACCUGACCUGCCUGCCACAUCACCACCAAUGUUUCCUUCGGCAGCCGUGUGCAGCCCACACAGGGGGUCCUUUGACCAGCUACCAGCAGUACCACAAUCAGCCUAUCCGCUCGGUCUCUGAAGGAGUGGACUUCUACUCAGAGCUACGCAACAAGGGAUUUCAGCAAGGACCCAGCCAGGGGCUUAAGGAAGAGGUGGCCGGGUCAUUUGUAGAGGAAGAACAGUGCUAGGAGUAGUGGAGUUUAGAGGGCAGGCUGAACCCAACCUUACAUGUUCGUUAUCAACAUGUACUUAAGCCAAA